UUCUCCGCCGCCUCGACAUCCAAAGAGAGGAACAAAAGCAACCCUUCCGAAAAGCGAAAGUAACGCCGCGGAACUGCUUUUGUUCAAUCAAACGUUGUCUGUUGAUACUGUCGUUUUGUCUCAAGGCUCUGUUUACAAAACAGUGGAAUGGAUGAAAACGCGAUACGAAGUUCUAUUCCAGCUAUUUUUCCAUUAAAAAUUGUAACCACUGUUUUGCGUGGUGUAAGAAGUACUGUUGAAAACACAACACAUGGUUUUCUUUCUAUUUUGAAUAUUGGAUGUAAAAAACAAAUACCUCCAAUUGAAAAUGAUUUAUUGCUAAUUCCUGCUAGUGUUUUAGCCGAAAAAAUUCGAAAAGGAGAGAUUUCAAGUGAAGCUGUUGUAAAAGCCUACAUACAACGCAUAGGUCAGAUAAAUGGACUUAUUAAUGCUGUUGUAGAAGGUAGAUACACAGAAGCUGUGAAAGAUGCUAAGUUCGCUGAUCAGUUGAUAAGAUCUGGCAGGCUCUCUGAACAACAAAUCGCUCAACAGUUGCCGCUUUUAGGUGUUCCUUUUACUGCAAAGGAAGCACUCGUCAUUAAAGGUCUUCCUAAUACUUGUGGUCUGGUGUGCCGUAAGGGCAUAAUUGCGAGCGAAGAUUGUGAACCAGUUCAAAGAUUAAGAGCUUGUGGAGCCAUUCCUCUAGCCCUAACCAACACUAGUGAGAUAUGCAUGUGGUGGGAAACUUAUAACAACCUUCAUGGAAGAACCAGCAAUCCUUAUGAUACUACACGCACAGUCGGAGGAAGCAGUGGUGGUGAAGCUGCACUGAUUGCUUCUGGCGGUUCAGUUAUAGGAGUGGGAACUGAUUUAGGAGGAAGCAUUCGUCUCCCGUCUUUCUUCACUGGGAUUUUCGGACACAAACCAUCUCAGGGAUAUGUACCAAGUGAAGGGCAAUAUCCUCCAGCUUUAGAUGAAAUUGGACGGUAUGCCGUUGUUGGCCCGAUGGGGCGUUAUGUUUCUGAUUUGAAAUUGUUACUCUCUGCUCUUGUUGGACCAGAAGGUGUUUAUCGUUUGAAACUAAAUCUGCCGGUUGAACUUCAAUCAAUAAAAGUGUAUUACAUGUUGGAUGAUGGGGGAUCACCUGCUCCUACUCCUGUUUCUUCCGAAAUUAAGGAAGGAAUCAAACAAAUUACAAGUAUGCUUGGCAUGGAAGGUCUAGUCGUUGAGGAAGUCAACUUGAAAUAUCCAAAACUUGGAUUUCUCAUCUGGCUUUCUUAUUUAUCUACUGUCAAAAACCAGCGUAUCUCCACACUCAUGAAGGGCAACGUAAAAGUUAAGGAAGACGGUCCCUACCUAGAAAUGUGUAAAUGGUUUGGAGGAAAAUCGGAACACACAUUCCCAGUGAUCUUAAAUGCGUGUGCCCAAGAUCAUCUUGCUCCUCUGUUUCAAAAGCCUUUAGAUUUUCUCAUGCGUUGCGGGGAUCAUCUUAAAGCUGAGUUGCUGAGUAUGCUGGAAAACGAGAACGCAGUCUUCAUUUAUCCAACAUUUCCUCAUGUUGCCCCGCACCAUGGACAAAUGCUGGCCAAUCUCUUCAAUCUCAGCUACACGACUGUUUUCAACGCUGCUCAGUUACCUUGCACUCAGUGUCCCAUAGGUUUUAAUUCUUCCGGUUUACCAUUUGGUGUCCAAGUCGUGGCUGGACCAGGUAAUGACAGAUUGUGUCUUUGCAUUGCAGAAUAUAUUGAAAAGAAACUGGGUGGUUGGAAGCCUAUACAAUCUUGAAAUUUUUUUAACCAUUUUAUAUAUGUCAGUCAAAUGUGCUGUAACGAAAUCGUGCCAGUUGGCUAGGAAUUUUAAACUGCCUUUUGAAGGUGAAUUCUAGAAAUGAAGCAAGCCAGGUGGAUAGCUUGGUGCCAUUUAUUGUGCCAUUGAAUCGAGUUGUCAGUGAUGUUGUAUUGUAUUCAGUUUAAGAAUUACAUACUUUAUUUUGCAUAAGUUUAAUUAUAUAUUUAUACAUAUGUAAUAUAACAGUAUUGUACAGUCAGUUAUUUUUAUGUGUGUAUAAUAAACAUUACUCUAGUGGCACUAAA